GCGUGUCUUUGUUCCGCUGUGGAGUCCGGAGCGAGCGGAGAGCGGUCAGCCCGCAGAGCCCAGCCGGGACGCAGCUGAGCAGGGAGGCCGGGACGGCAGCGCCAGCCUCCUCGGAGCAUCCCGAGAUCUGCGGACGCGCAUCGCCCAGCCGGCGGGGUAUCGGCACCUCCAGGCGCCCGUCUCGGCUGGGGGUCCGAUCGGGGACCGGGGUCCGGGGAGCCCACCAGCAGGUUGGGAACAAGGAUACGGAGCCGUCGGCGGUGCAGCCGGGGGAUCUGUGAGGAAGACCGGGACUUUCCUAGGAUCGGCUCCGCAGAGUGAAUGGGAUGGAACCGGGGCCAUCUGGAGCAGUGCCCGCGGGGCCCUUCCCCCCGCCCCUGCAGCAGGUGUUCCAGGCUCCGCGGCGCCCGGGUGUGGGCACGGUGGGGAAACCCAUCAAGUUGCUCGCCAACUACUUUGAGGUGGACAUCCCCAAGAUGGACGUGUAUCACUAUGAGGUCGACAUCAAGCCUGACAAGUGUCCGCGCCGAGUCAACAGGGAAGUCGUGGAGUACAUGGUCCAGCAUUUCAAGCCGCAGAUCUUUGGCGACAGGAAGCCGGUGUACGACGGCAAGAAGAACAUCUACACUGUCAUGGCGCUGCCCAUCGGCAACGAGCGGGUGGAUUUUGAGGUGACGAUCCCGGGCGAGGGGAAGGACCGGAUCUUCAAGGUGUCGAUCCGCUGGUUGGCCAUCGUGAGCUGGCGGCUCCUGCAGGAGGCGCUGGUGAGCGGGCGGCUGCAGGUGCCGCUGGACUCGGUGCAGGCGCUGGACGUCGCCAUGAGGCAUCUGGCCUCCAUGAGGUACACCCCAGUGGGGCGCUCUUUCUUCUCUCCCCCCGAGGGGUAUUACCACCCCCUGGGCGGGGGGCGCGAGGUGUGGUUCGGGUUCCACCAGUCUGUGAGGCCGGCCAUGUGGAAGAUGAUGCUCAACAUUGACGUGUCGGCCACAGCGUUCUAUAAGGCCCAGCCGGUCAUUGAGUUCAUGUGUGAGGUCCUGGACAUCCGCAACAUCGACGAGCAGCCCAAGUCGCUGACCGACUCGCAGAGGGUGCGCUUCACCAAGGAGAUCAAAGGGCUGAAGGUGGAGGUGACGCACUGCGGUCAGAUGAAGAGGAAAUAUCGCGUCUGCAAUGUCACACGCCGCCCUGCCAGCCACCAAACGUUCCCCCUGCAGCUGGAGAACGGCCAGACGGUGGAGCGCACGGUGGCCCAGUACUUCAGAGAGAAGUACAACCUGCAGCUGAAGUACCCUCACCUGCCCUGCCUGCAGGUGGGGCAGGAGCAGAAACACACCUAUCUGCCCCUGGAGGUGUGUAACAUUGUGGCGGGGCAGCGCUGCAUCAAGAAACUGACGGAUAACCAGACCUCCACCAUGAUCAAAGCCACAGCGCGCUCUGCGCCCGACAGGCAGGAGGAGAUCAGCCGGCUGGUGCGCAGUGCCAAUUACGACUCGGACCCCUUCGUGCAGGAGUUCCAGUUCAAGGUGCGGGACGAGAUGGCCCAUGUGACGGGGCGUGUGUUGCCUGCGCCCAUGCUGCAGUACGGGGGCAGGGUGAGCACAGAGCUCUUUAUGAACCGCACGGUGGCAACACCCAGCCACGGCGUGUGGGACAUGCGGGGAAAGCAGUUCCACACGGGGGUGGAGAUCAAGAUGUGGGCCAUCGCCUGCUUCGCCACGCAGAGACAGUGCCGCGAGGAGAUUCUCAAGGGUUUCACAGACCAGCUGCGCAAGAUCUCGAAGGACGCGGGGAUGCCCAUCCAGGGCCAGCCGUGCUUCUGUAAAUACGCGCAGGGCGCAGACAGCGUGGAGCCCAUGUUCCGCCACUUGAAGAACACCUAUUCAGGCCUGCAGCUCAUCAUCGUCAUUCUCCCAGGAAAGACUCCAGUCUACGCGGAGGUGAAGCGGGUGGGAGACACUCUGCUGGGAAUGGCCACCCAGUGUGUCCAGGUGAAGAACGUGGUGAAGACCUCCCCUCAGACCCUCUCCAACCUCUGCCUCAAAAUCAACGUCAAGCUGGGUGGCAUCAACAACAUCCUGGUGCCCCAUCAGCGCCCCUCCGUGUUCCAGCAGCCGGUGAUCUUCCUGGGGGCGGAUGUGACGCACCCCCCUGCAGGGGACGGGAAGAAGCCCUCCAUCGCAGCAGUGGUGGGCAGUAUGGACGCCCACCCCAGCCGGUACUGUGCCACAGUGCGAGUUCAGCGGCCUCGACAGGAGAUUAUUCAGGACCUGGCCUCCAUGGUUCGGGAGCUGCUGAUCCAGUUCUACAAGUCGACUCGCUACAAACCCACCCGGAUCAUCUUCUAUCGGGACGGGGUGUCAGAGGGACAGUUUAGACAGGUGCUGUACUACGAGCUGCUGGCUAUCAGAGAGGCCUGCAUCAGCCUGGAGAAGGAAUACCAGCCUGGCAUCACCUACAUCGUGGUGCAGAAGAGACACCACACCCGGCUCUUCUGUGCUGACCGCAACGAGAGGGUGGGGCGAAGCGGAAACAUUCCUGCUGGAACGACUGUGGACACGGACAUCACGCAUCCCUACGAGUUCGACUUUUACCUCUGCAGCCAUGCUGGAAUACAGGGCACCAGCCGCCCCUCCCACUACCACGUCCUGUGGGAUGACAACUGCUUCACCGCCGACGAGUUCCAGCUGCUCACCUACCAGCUGUGCCACACCUAUGUGCGCUGCACGCGCUCCGUCUCCAUCCCUGCGCCCGCCUACUAUGCGCACCUGGUGGCGUUCCGCGCCCGCUACCACCUGGUGGACAAGGAGCACGACAGUGCGGAGGGCAGCCACGUGUCUGGGCAGAGCAACGGCCGGGACCCCCAGGCCCUGGCCAAGGCCGUGCAGAUUCACCAUGACACCUUACGCACCAUGUACUUCGCCUGAGCCGAGCCCCAAGCCGAGCCACACAGCCUGCGUUUCCAGGGGGGUCAGUUUACGGGGCGCACCUUCCAGUGGAACCGUACCCGACACUGUGCAGACGGAGGAGCCCCUGGGCUGGCCGGAGGAUGCGUUGCUGCUUUUUAAAAAGGAACCCGGCACUCUUAUGCAAUAUGAAGCCAGCCAACCGCUUUCAGCCCUCCCCUGCCCCUCUGUCUGUCUGUCUGCAGUGGGAGGCGCUUCUCUCGUCCGUUUAAUUUGUUUUUAGUCCCUGUUUUCAUCAUGUUUUUACCUCAACUUUUAUGGCAGCACUUUUUUUGGUUUAAGUUCAGAAGGAAAAGGAAGCUGGUGCUCUCCUCCCAGCCGGCCGAGAGGAGCUGUGUCCGGCCCUGGCUGCAGGAGCUGACUGGUGUUCAGACGUGUUCAGCUGUGUUCGCCGCUGCCAGAUACAAACACGGACCUGCCAAACCCGGCGUCGAGCACCGCCUGUGCCCGUGGAUUUUCACAACGCUAUCUGCUCCCUAGGAUCAGCCCAGAGCACAAGUUUCCUUUUUCUCUUCUUGUUUUGUAGCCAGUGGUGACUUACUAGAAGUGAGAGUGUCAGACAACUGGUUCUGCACUCUUUCAUUUCCACCAAAUAAUUUUAGAUGUUAUUGUGAGCACAGUGCCACCCACAGGCGACAAGGCGUCAGUGCUCCUGAGGAGAGCCGCUGAAGCCUGCCUGCUUAGGGAAUCGAGGCCGAAGAAGCUUCAGCAGGUUGGUGGUGAUCAGCAGGUCAUCCGCAUGAGGAGGAGUGCACAGUAAUUUUCAGUACUUUCAGUAAUAAUAGCAGCCUGGGGCCAUAGUCUGGGUCCCCUUGGUCUGUAAGCUUUCAUUCAGAACUUUGCAAUGUGAUUGUUUUUUUAAUGUUUGUCAUUUAGAUUAUUGUUUUGUUUUUCCUCUUUGUAUUUAUUAGAAUAAUUAAGCCUAAUUAAUUUAAUAUUAGUGGAGUCAAUAGAGCAGCAUUCUUUUUUCUGUUUGUUUGUCAGAGUGUGGGUAUGGCUGUCCAGUGUUUCUGGCUGUAAACUGACAUGAUGUUGUUUCUAUAGUGCAAUAAGGCAUUUUGCAAGAACAGGCUUUAUCCAGGAAGGGCUUUGGUUGGACACCUCUGUCCAGGGCAGAGCCCUGACUGGUCAACACUGUUUUUGUUUUUCACUAGUGCAGUGGCAGGAUUUCUCUUCUUACAGGAAAGCGAGCACUCAGUUUGAAAUUUUGCCCAUUCUGUUUCAAGGCACUAAGUUGUAGGAAGCCACAGUAUAGUUUCACAGCACUUUUGGAGCCCUUCUUCAUGCGCUGAAGAGAGUUCAGGGGCUUCCUCUCCCUGUGGAGACAUGAUGCUCAGACCUCUGUACCUCUCCAUGAUGGAGGAAUUCAAGUGCCUGCUUUGUAGAGUGUGACAAACAGCUGGGGCGCGGUGGAGAUUUUUCAUUGAUAUUCUGAGAUAUUGAAACCCGAGUGAAGGGCUGGGGUGACUUGUCUUCAUUUAAUGUUUAGAGACAACACUCAAAACAGAGCCUUGGCUAUAACUGGUGAAGGAAAAGCAGAGAUUUGUAACUUAUUUUUCUUUACCGUUUUCAUCCCGCACUGAGUCAGACGCCCUGCUGCGGUUUGUGUGCUGAUCGCAGAAAGGCUUUGCUUCUUUCCAGCCCUGCUGUGUCCUGGCUCACAGUGGCACACAGGCUGUGCCAGCUGGGCCCCCUGGCACAGUGCGGGUCUGGACAGCAGAGUUAGCCAGCAGCGUCAGGUGCCUUCAUUGCUGCCUCUGUGAGAAAGUGCUUCUUCAUGCCUUUGCAUAGUGGCAGCAUGUAGAGUGUGGAGUCUGAGGCAUUUUUCACAGCCACGUAAAACUGACUUAGCUGCUAUUUUAUUUAUAUAUUUGUAUGUGCACGUAUAAAUUAAGAAAAUAAGAGUGAGACAAUUUACUGCACUAAAAGAUGCAAAUGUCAGACCGGACACAGGACUGGUGCUAGGAGGUGGGGCAGACCCGUCCUGCAGGAGGUGGGAGCCAGGGAGAGGUGGACAGAACCCCGCUGUUUGCAGGAACUCUGCUCCUCCUCCGUUAGACAGACAGACAUGACAGACCUCAUGGGGUACUGUGGGGGGGUGGGCGGGUUUACAUUACAUUCAAAGAUUAAAAUGCCAGUGAGAAUCUUUACUAAGGUACCGUAACGCACUCCACUCCAGUGGCAGAACGGCCAACAAGAAGAGGCUCGUGUUCGUGGCGCGGUGCCACUGCGCAGCAGGGUGUAGUGUGGCGCGGGUGACAGGACCGGUGGCCAGGAGCUGUUAGAAAUGUACUGAGAGCCCUGUGCGCUGCUGCCUCAAGUGCAAUGCGUUAAAAUGAAGCAGUUUCAUUUUAGUCAAUUGUUUAACCAGAGUGGAAUAUAUUUGUAUAUUUUACAUGAUGUAAUGCACACCACUUAUUUUUGCUAACAAAUUUAAAGAAAUCAAGAUAUAAAUAAUGCAAUAGACUGUUUUGAUGUAUUUUGUGGAAGUAAAAUUUCUGUUUUGGAAUUGCAUGUGGCAGAGGGAGGCGUUUGCAGUCACUGCUGCUGAGUCCAGACUGUUACCGCAGGGCUGGGAGUCCGGCUCUGUCGUGCGCCUUGUGGACGUCUCUCGCUCUGCGUUCCCCUCCAGGCCCCAGCCGCGCUGCUGGAGUGCUGAUCAGGUCGUAAGAAGGCAUUUCCUUAAGCAGAACCAGUCAAGCUGUUGUUGCUUCUCCAGUGCUGGGCAGUUCAGAGCCAGAACAGAAACUGAAGAGAUGGACAGGCUGAGCUUUGAGUGCUGGUCCCAUCUGUUGCUUAUUAGGGGAUGCAUCUCUGACAUUUUCAGUUCAACAAAUUUCUGCACUGGUAGCUCAUGUUCUACCAAUAGCUCUCUCCUUACAAUGUCACUUCGCGUGACGCUGUAAGGGAUAAAGCUUUUCAGUGAACGGCCCGCUACAGUCUCUGUGCCCAGCACACACUUUUCAGGCUCCCCGUGCCGCUUGAGGCUUGUGCUCGACGGGGGUGUGACGGAAGAGGUGAUGCGAUUGUAUCUCCGGGCACUACGGAGGCGUUGAGCCAGCAUGGGUGACGCAACAAUGCAGUUUCAUCCCCAGCUGAGACCCAAAAACUGUUGAGAACUGACUGGAGGGACUGGGCUCCUUUAGGAUGACUUCAGAUUUGAGUGCUUUGUGAGCUAAAGGUGACACAUGUCUUUUUUUUCUUCUGGCAUCCAGGGGUUUUCCUUUGGCAGAGCAGUCCACAGAAAGUGCCUUUCCAGAAGAUGGUGCUGUAGACAUCCGAUAUUAAUCUUAUUUUCCAAAUGUCAAGAGGCUGAAAGACACGAUACAAACACAUUUACAGAAAUACACUAACAUACACACAAAACAUAUUUUCUGUAGAUUAGCAUUUGUAAAUGCCAAGAACGCGACAGUAUCGCUGAGCUGUGCUGCGGCGGGUUUGCAGGAGUUUGGACCAAGAGCUGUGGGGGACGGGCGGAGAGCGUGGCAGCUCACCUGACACAGUCUGGCCCGGAGCAGCGGGCAGCUGGGCUCCGAGCGAGAGAGAGACCAGAGCAAUAGUAGCAGAAGGAAAGCUAGGCGCUUGUAGCGUGUGACGCGUGUGUGUGGGGAAAGGACUGCGGGUGUCUGUGGUGCACUCUGACUGCGGGCACGACACAAGCAGAAUGUAGCAGCAGCUUCCAGAAAGUGCUCCACACUUCGGUUAGGUUAGGACUGCUUGGCCUUGGAUCUGAAAAUGUCCAGGAAGAUUGGUUUUCUCUCUAAUAAAACUCUUAGCUCCCCUGUAUUAACAAGCUGUCUUUAGAAUAUUUUUUAACGCCAAGGCCGGUCUUUCUGGGACCGGUCCCAGGGUACUGCCUGUGGGUCCGCCCACAAGCUGCGCUGUGUUGGGUGAGUGCCCUUCGCCCUCGAGUGAUGGUAUAGAUAUUUAAACACUGCACCUCAGUAACCUUGGUAUGCUGCAUAUUGUACUAAAAAAAGAACAGUAAAUAUUGCUUUGGUUAAAGUAUAAUGCGCUUGAUAAUGCCUGAUGAAUAUCAUUAUUUUAGAUUAAGUAUAAUAAUAAAUAUUGUCUUAAUAACACUUAUCUGACUUCGAAACUUGUCCUAAGAUGAGCCUUUAUUUUUUUGUCAUUUUAUUUUUGCAUUAUUGUUGUUUUCUUAGUGUAUUUAUUGCACACGUCUGUGUGCUGGAGUUUCUUUGAGUUCAGUUGUGGUGGAGGGGCUGGCCUCCCGUGAGGCACCUGUCCAGCAGGGGGCGCCCUUCAUGCUGGGCUGGGCCGGCUGUGCCCUUGCAGGCUCAGUGAGGAGCCUGGAGGAACAGGACGCUUCCCCACGUACAAGCACAAGAACUGGAAGGUGUCGCUGGCUGUGAGCUGCCGAGGGUGUGUGAGUGCUGUGCAGUACUCUGUCAGCAGGGCGGCGCUAGCUAGAGAUACAGCUGCUUUCUUUUCACAUGCCUGUGUUGGCUUGAAGGUGGGCACUUGUGCUGUUGGAGAUCUGGCAAGGUGCUGUCUGUGAGGACACACACUAGAGAGGGGCAGGAGGUGAUGUAGAUAAUUUCCCAGAUAGCCUUGUCACAUGGUCUCUGUGUGAAACAGCUGUCUGGUUGACAGGCGGAGAGCACAAGUCUGUGACUGCUGGCUGGCUGUGCUCGGAGCGGAUCUGGGGGCGCUGGCAGUGAUCGGUGAGCCCUCUGGCCUGCUGCCUGUCAUAGAGGCGCAGAUACAGCAUCACUGCACCGCCCAGUCCACACACUCUGUGUACACCAGCGCCUUCAGCAAAACUCAUUCCGCUCAGACAUGAGCCUCAGCCUUAAUGGUUUUAUGCGUGUAUUUGUGUUUUACACUCGAGGUGCUGGUGGGGCAGUCUUCACUGACUCGCUGGCCUUUUCUUUAACCACUAAUCCAGCUAGUUAGACUACAGAUGUGUAAAUACUUAACCUGUUAACAGUCACGCCUGCUCCAGUUCUGGAGUGCCAGACUGACAUCUUUUCAUCACUAAUAAAAGUCAGAUUAUUAGGGUUUAUAUAUUAGAGAGACCUGUGCCUGUAUUAUGAGGAUAGUAUUGUCUUGAACCCUGUCCUACUAUGCUAAUCUUAUAGUCCUUCUGUUAUUGAGUUGCUCUUUUAUGUCUUGAGAGUGAAAGAAUUGCAUGGGGUAUGGAGUUAUUUUCUUAGCAGAUCUCAUCAUAUAAACUGUUUUUUUUAAAUCAGUGUUAUUUUAGGUUAUUCUCAUUAAUUUUGAAUAAGUUUGUUAGGCACAGUCUAACAGCAUUGCAAUAAGAAGUGAUUUCUGGUGGUGAGAUGCCUCCCUGGGCUCACCCUUAAAGUGUGCUCCAUCAGCCUCUGGUGGAGAAACUAACUCCUUCCUGAAGACGGACAGACUCCCGUAGGUGCAGGUCUGUGUCCCAGGUGCCAGGCUCAGAUGGGUCUUACCGUUGGGCUCUGGGUGCAAUGUGUGAGGUUGAGAGUGAGCUUACAAGCAGCCAGCAGGGCUUGUAACUACUGAAGCUCAUGUCAGUGGAGAGAAAUAGAUGUGAGUCAAAUGGUUUUGUGGUUUGGAAGUGGAGAGCGGUCUGGGAUGUGCAGAACUGAAUCGAGGGAUUACUCUGAACACACAGCCUCUUUAGUUUAAAGCUCCCUGUUAAUCAUAGAGUUUCCACUUUCAGACAGUGAAUAGCUGCCGUAAUGGUGUGAAUGACCAUUCCCUGCACGUGGUUCAGGUGGCACUGAUGGCCUAUUGGCAGCUGCUGCAGCUCCUGAGAGCUCGCUGCUGCUUCUCAAUCGCGCUCCUAGUCCCCCAGGUCCCACAGCAGCACUGGGGCCCUCCGGCAGCCCUGUGCCUCUCUGUAGUUUCGUUCACGAUGACUACUACUCUUACAAGCCUUGCUAUACAGGGAAUUGUGAAAUUAAUCUUUGAGUGAGAUCUGUCUGGUACCGAUAUAAUCUUAGUUUAAUUAGCUUAUUAACAUUCAAAAUUUCAAGUAGUUUUUUUUGGGCCCUAAAUCCCUCUGAGGAUGUUCAUCUCUAAAUUAGAGUUUGUAGUGUACUUUAUCCCUUUUGUUUCCUUACUUUGUGGACUACACUAACGAUACGUUUCUGAAAUGAGUAUUUAAAGUUGCAUUUGGUUGAGAUGUACAAACAUGGCUGUCUCAGUGGUGACAUGCUCAUCGCGGGUGUCCUGGAGUCGAUGCCCUCUCUCGUGGGGACUGGUCAGGCCCAGGGGCAUCAUGGGAGCUUGCAGUGUCAGAUUGGCAUUCCUCUGUACCUGCCAUUGGUCUGAACUCGGGGAAGAGUUCAUUUUCAUCACAGGGCUCCCAUUACUGUGGUGCAUCACACCGGAAUUUCCUUAGAAGCUGAAGUAAGAAUGUAAGGAAGGUAACAAGGGAUAAGAGGCCAUUCGACCCCUCCAGCCUGUUUGACAGCCAGUUCAUCCAAGGAUCUCAUCCAGCUGUUUCUUGAGAGAAGCCAGGGUAUCGUUCUUGACAAACCUUUACAAUAACUGAAAUAAUAAAAUAACUUAAUGAAAAACAGGUUUUGUGUCUCCCUUUGGUUUGAAGGUUUACAAAUGUGCUUUUGCUAAAACAAUGCCAGUGAUGAAGCCGACAGGGAUGAGUAAAGUUUUUUCUGAGAUCUUGGAGUGGCAGGGCUGCUUUCAGGAGAGCAGGCUGACUUGCACUUUGCUCUGUGCAUACAUGUCAGAGAUGUCAGCAGGGCCUGUCUGUUUAUCAGCUCAGCAUCUCUGGACAGAGCUGACCCAUGGUCCCCUCUGCGUGUCUGUGGACAGCGGCGGCUGACCCGCGGUCCCCUCUGUGUCUCAGACAUUACAGAGAAAUGAGUUAUACAGCUACUGCUCUCUCUGGAAACUGCACUGCUGCCCAGUGGGUGUUUGAGCAACACAUUUCUUGCCUUGGAGCCACAGGGCUCUGUACCCCUUCUUACUCUGUACAUUGCAAGGAUUCUCUGUUGUACCAACAGGUCUUUUUUAAUGUCUUUAUUUUAUUGUAAUAUUUUAGUUUUAUUGCCUUUAGUGUUGCUUUGCUUCAGUUUGAAGUGUAACUUUCACUAAUACUUGCAAUAAAAAGCUUUGCUUUAA